GACGCAUAGAAAAUUGUCAAAGGAAUAAGAUGAUAAUGACAUUUUAGAACUUUGUACUUCAACAUGAGAAGGAGAAGUUCAAUAAACAACAUGCAAGAGAAUGUCAAAAAUUGGUUUUCUAUGUUGUGAAAACAACUAAUGCUCAAGUCUAAGAAGGUUGCUAAGGAAAAAUCUUAGCAAAAUCUCAUUCAUUCAGAUGAACCUGAACCAGCCGUCAAAGUCAUUAGUUUUACCAAAAUGAAGGUGGUUGAUGGUUUAGUAUACUAUAAAUAGCACAAACUUCAAUUUCUUCAUGCACUACCAAAUUCUCUUCGUUGUUUUCCUUGUUUUUGCUACAAUGGCUCCUCUGCAGGCUCUUGCCAUCCUUUUUGCAACUUCUCUUUUUAUACAAAAUCUUGGAGAUGCUGCGACAUGUAGUGACUGCUUUGUUCAUUCCCGGGCAGCUUACUACCCAAACUCUGAUGAACAAGGAUCAGAUACUGGAAGAUGCGGCUUUGGUACAUUUGGAGCCACAAUCAAUGAUGGGGAUGUCUCAGCUGUAUCGGAUCUCUACCGAGAUGGUCUAGGAUGUGGUGCUUGCUACCAGGUCAGGUGCACCAACAGUAACUACUGCUCAGAUAAAGGAGUGACGGUGGUCAUAACUGACCAUGGAGGCGGUCAUCAGACUGACUUUAUUCUGAGCAGACGAGCCUUUGGCCGGAUGGCUCAAACUACAGAUGCAGCUGCCUCUCUAUUUGCCCUUGGUGUGGUCGAUAUUGAAUAUAGAAGGAUUUCAUGCAGCUACCCAAACAAAAAUAUUACAAUCAAGAUUGACGAAAACAGCAACUACCCUAACUACCUGGCUUUUGUGAUAUGGUAUCAACAAGGCAAGAAGGAUAUCACGGCUGUACAGCUAUGUGAGACACAGAAUUUUGUGUGCAAGCUAUUGGAUCGCAGUUAUGGAGCAGUAUGGACAACCACCUCACCCCCCAGUGGACCCUUGUCACUAAGAAUGUUAUUCAGUGAUGAAGAUGGAGAAGAGACAUGGGUCGUUCCACUUAAUAACAUUCCUGGAAACUGGAAACCUGGAGAAACUUACGAUUCGGGAGUACAAGUAAACGUAUAGCCUCCCUCACUGGGCUUCACUCCUCAUUGAUUUUAAGUUUAUACCAUCUGGAAUAUUGUUCUUCAUUCUUCAUAUGUUGUUCUUUUUCACAUACCCUAUUUGUCUUUCUUAGAGGUUAGAUAAGGCUAGACUUGUUUUCUAUUGUAAUCAUUGUAUUGUUGACUAAUUAAAUAUUUCAAUAUUGAGGAUUUGG